AUGGAAUUAUCUGUCAAUGAAGCGAAGGUAAAACGUAGGACGAUAAAGGCAUCUGCCACACGUCUUCAGAGUUAUUUAGAAUCUCCACAAUCUGCGCACGCAUCGAAAUUCGAGUUAGCUGAGCGGAAAAAGAAAUUAGCAGAUUUAUUCGAACAAUAUGAUGAAAUACAAUCGAGACUCGAGCUUUUAGAUGUAAACAAUGAGGAUCCGGGCGUGGUCGCGGCACAUACGGAAGAUCGCGCACGGUUUGAAGAGUCAUAUUAUAGGCUCAUGGCCUUGUAUGAGCAGCGUCUCAGUAGUUUUGAUCAAUCUAUUGGCGCGGCACAGUCGACCAGUAACAAUCACAUUCGGGCGGUAAAUCGUAAUGACACAGAGUCGCAGAUUCGAUUACCCAAGAUACAGUUGCCAACUUUCUCAGGUGCCUACGAGGAUUGGUACACUUUUUACGAUUCGUUUGAUAAGCUUAUUCAUACCAAUGAUAAAUUGUCGUCAAUUCAAAAGUUUCACUAUUUGCGUUCCUCGCUAAAGGACGAAGCCGCCAAUGUCAUUAAAUCUUUCGAUAUAACAGCUUCUAAUUACGAUGAAGCUUGGGAACUGUUGGUCGAACGCUUCGACAAUAAAAGACGUAUAAUUAAAACUCACAUUAAAGUCAUGUUUGAUAUAGCACCGAUUCACAAAGAAAAUUCUAUCGCACUACGCG